AGGUGACCCAGCUGGCGUCCCAAGAUGGCGGCGGCGGUAGCGCCCGGGAGGCCAAGGCGGUGUCCCGGCUGUUGAGGUGACUCCGCCGGACAAGUGACGGGGUCGGCCGGACCGGAGGGCGGCGGCGGACGCACGGCCGCCCGGAGUGCUCGGCCGGGACUUGGCGGUGAGGCGGCGGCGCCGGGGGAUGCUGGUGCUGGGCCGGGCCUCUCCCUCCUCAACUUAGGGCGGCGGCGGGCCCGCACCCCUGGUUCCCGGGCCAUGGCGCUGAGGGAACUUAAAGUGUGCCUGCUCGGGGAUACGGGUGUGGGUAAAUCGAGCAUCGUGUGGCGGUUUGUGGAAGACAGUUUUGAUCCGAAUAUCAAUCCAACCAUAGGGGCAUCUUUUAUGACCAAGACUGUCCAGUACCAAAAUGAGCUACAUAAAUUCCUAAUCUGGGAUACAGCUGGACAAGAACGAUUUCGUGCAUUGGCACCAAUGUACUAUCGAGGGUCAGCAGCAGCCAUCAUCGUUUACGACAUCACAAAAGAAGAGACGUUUUCAACUCUGAAGAACUGGGUGAGAGAGCUCCGCCAGCACGGCCCCCCCAGCAUUGUCGUUGCCAUCGCAGGGAACAAGUGCGAUCUUACUGAUGUCAGAGAAGUCAUGGAGAGAGAUGCUAAGGACUACGCAGAUUCCAUUCAUGCCAUCUUUGUAGAGACCAGCGCAAAAAAUGCAAUAAACAUAAAUGAACUCUUUAUAGAAAUUAGUCGAAGAAUUCCAUCCACUGAUGCCAACCCAGCGUCUGGCGGCAAGGGCUUCAAACUCCGAAGACAGCCAUCGGAGCCAAAGCGAAGCUGCUGCUGACGACCCAGGGCCUGACCUUGAGGAAGAAGCAGGUGGUCCUGGAGGCUGCAGGAGAGCCGUGCCCUGCCACUGGACGCCACCUCAUGCUCUUUAUGCAAAAAGGACUCAGAGAACCGGCUGUUGGGUUCUCUUGGAAGACUGCAGCAGGUGUCUGUGUCUGCACACUUCUGUCAGUGGACUCUGGCGUGCAAAGGGACCAUGCAUGCCCUUGGCUGUUUACCCAGCUGAAAGGAGCGUCUGACGUAUGGCUAUGGAUGGUAGGAUUGAAUUGCUGGUGCCUCUGUGGUCAGGAUUUCAUGUGUUAUUUGUAAGGGAAAUGAGCACUUUCAUGGAUAUAAGGGAAAAGCUGUGGGGAUGGUCAUCUCCUUGGUCCUCGUCUCUAGUGUCAGAGUCGUAUCAGUAAGAUGUGGGAAAUGAUCACAAGUAGAGGGAUGGGUGUUCCUAGGACAGCUUCCGCCAUCUCUAAAGCACUUUGCCACACAGUGGCUGCCGGUUCACCUUGGGUUUGCUUCUGACCUUGUAUGUGUCAGAACCCACGCACAUUAGUUAUGGUCACCUUUCUACAGAAGCUCUCAUGCUCCAGGCGAUGGGGUACAGAAGCUACCUGGAGCCAGUUGAGUUGCAUGUGUCUAAACUGACGGGCAGUGGCUUAGGAGAGGAGAGGAAAGGAGAGGACAAAGCAAAUGAAUCUUUUGGUGAGAUUGUUUUUUGUUUAUGGUUUGUUUUGGUUUUUUUGUUUUUUGCCCAGUUUGUUUUGGUGGGAAAAACAACUGUGAGCUGCCUAGCAUAUGUAAAUUUGUAGUCUAUAUUUAUGAGACCAUUGCUUAAAAAUUAUAAAUUAUGUAAAUACAUUAAUAACUUCUGAAUUCCUUUCAGUAUUCACUUAGUCCUGUGCCCAGUCUCCUGUGUGCCCACCCAGUUUUCAGCCUGUCCACAGGAACCUCUGAAGCCCAUUUAUCUUGUGCAGGAGCACGGAGCGCUUAGCUCACAGCUUCCUUCCUUCCUUCUCCCUCUCCCUUCUGCAUCCCAUCUGGAAAUGGUAAUAAAGACAUAUGCCUCCGUG